AUGCAUAGAGGACGGCGUCCGCCGCCAAUUAACCCAUCUGCAAUCAACAAUCCAAUUCAACAGCCUCCUCAUUCUGCAGGAACACCGCUCCAGGGACUCCGUACAAAGCUCGAUCCAGAACAAAUCCCAUCCACCGCUGCCCAUUUUGCCGAGGACGAAUAUCGGUGGACGCAAGAAUCAUAUAUAACCACAGGAGAGCAACCAGUACCCCUCUCGGCCAGCGAAUACCAUGCUAUCGAUCAAGGGAACUCGACACCACGCUAUCUGCGACCCACAAUCUAUGCAAUACCAUCGAAUGCUGACCUACAAUCGAUGACCCAUGUGCCUUUCGGGAUCCACAUCACCCCUCUUGCUCAGCAACCUCUCGAGGAGGCGCCCGUUCCCAUCAUCGACUUCGGAGAAGACGGUCCUCCGAGAUGCACUGACCCUGAAUGUCGCGCGUACAUCAACCCAUGGUGCAGUUGGGACACGGGAGGACGACAGUGGAAAUGCAACCUCUGUGGGAUGGAAAACGACGCACCACCACUGUACAUGACUGAAAGCCCCAAUGCUCGGCUGGAACUUCAACGUGGAACAGUCGAUUUUCUGGUUCCCAAAGCCUACUGGGCUUUAGCACCUCCCAAGAGAUUGAUCCAUUCAUUUGUUCCUGUCACGGUUGACUCAGGAGUGCAUGAGAAGAAGGACACCAAACAGACAAGUCUUCUUCCUUCCAUUGGAGACGCAGAGCGUGAAUAUCGGAAGCCGACUGCUAUGCACUAUGUGUUUGCAUUCGACGUGAGCCUAGAGUCUGUUCAGACUGGCCUCCUAAGAUCAGCUUGCGACAUUCUGAUCGACCUCCUUUACGGAGCUCAGUCUCGAGGCGAUUCCCCAGAGCAGGGAGCAGAUCGACAAACCACCUUAGCUACACAACCCUGGUGGAGCCCUGAGAGCAAAAUAGCAAUAGUCACAUUUGACAAGGAGCUGUGCUUCUACGACUUUUCGCCCACUCUCGAUCGACCUGCAACUCUGGUUGUGACAGAUAUCGAAGAAGUGUUUUCCCCGAUGCCUGCCUCUUCGUCAUUAUUCAUCGACCCAAGCGAGAGUCGAGGACUCCUCCUCCCAUUCUUAUCUGGACUAUCUGACCGCUACACAAACACGGUUUGUGCCCAAGCCGCCCUCGGCUCCUCUAUCGCCGCGUCUCUUGCCCUUCUAUCUCAAGUCGGAGGGAAGGUGCUUAUCUUUGCGACGUGUAUGCCAAAGUUGGGGUUUGGAAUGCUCACCGAGAGAGAGAACGAGAAAUCUAUCUAUACCUCAGAGAGCGAUAGCACGUUAUUUAUACCCCGGGAGGUUAGUUGGAAGGAGAUGGGUGAGGAAUGCGUCGAUUGUGGUGUCGGCGUGUCGAUGGUCCUGGCACCCAGUAGAUGGGCAGAUAUUGGAACAAUCGGUAUAGUACCGAAGCUCACGGGGGGCGACCUCUAUUUCCAUCCCAAAUUCGACCCUGAAAGAGACUUUGGGGUUCUUUACUCACAGAUUCGGAGGUUUAUGGACAGGGAAACCGGUUAUCAAGCGACUUUGAAAUUGCGAUGCACGACGGGCAUCCAUGUCGAUGCCUACUACGGGAAUGGGUGGGAGCGUGCUGGGAACAUAGACCUCGCUGCAGUGGACGCAGACAAGUCGUUAUAUGCUUCUCUCAACUAUGUCUCAGCACUGGAUAAUUUCUCAUCCCUGACUCUCGACUCUAUAUCUUCUCUCGUCUCUUCGAAAGGGGGACCUUCUUCCUCGCAUCAUCGACGCAUCACACUCGGGAAACAAACACAAGCAUAUUUGCAAAGCGCGCUAUUGUACACGACAGCUGCGGGCGAGAGAAGGGUCAGAGUAUGCAAUCUCAGCCUCCCAGUUGUCAGUCUUGCGGGAAAUGUCUAUCGAUAUGGGGAUUAUGAGGGCGUUGUUGCGGCUUUUGCCAAAACAGCAAUAAUGCAAAUGAUCAAACGUCCUUUGCGAGAUAUCCGGGACUCGCUCACUGCCCAGUGCGCGGAAUUACUCCUUCACUACAGACGCUACUGUGCGGCGUCAAGCAUCGCAUCACAGUUGAUCCUACCUGAAGGUUUCACUCUCCUUCCCGUCUAUGUUAACUGCAUUCUCAAAUCGCGACCGCUAAAAGGAACUCCUGUCAUGUCGGAUGUCCGGAAUGUUCAUGCUCAUCAGUUGUCAAGUAAAACCGUUGCAGAAGUCAUUAGAGGCUUGUAUCCAAGGCUCUACAAACUACACGAGGAGCCAGAAACUAUGGGCACAUAUGAUCCGAAUACCGGCAGGCUGGAGAUGCCUACGAUCCUACGGAGCAAUUAUACAUGGAUGCAAGGCCACGGCAUCUAUCUUAUGGAUGAUGGCGACACGAUGUUCCUUUGGCUGGGAGGAGACGUCCACGACUCCUACUGGCGUGAUCUGUUUGACGUAUCCAGUGGACAUGAACUCAGUCCAGUGCCGAAACGCUUACCCGAACUCCCUAAUUCAUUCUCCACAAGGGUGAGGGAGGUCAUUGCGCAUCUCGAGCACCAGACGGGGUCGAUGAGGCGAUUUGUGAUUGUCAGACAGAAUCUAGAUGCACUCGAAAUUGAUUUUGCAAACCAGCUGAUGGAGGAUACGAACAACGGCGCAAUGUCGUACCUGGACUAUCUUUGCUAUGUGCAUCGGCUGAUUUCCUCUUCGCUCGAUAAUGGCUAUUCAUCGAUUACUAAUCUCGAGCAGCAUCAUAGACUUGAGGAAGAUCACGUCUUUCCAUUAUUGGAGCCGGAAUUCCAUACAGAUGUGAAUCAAGAGCAUGCGGCCUUCUCAUCUGCGUUGACCGGUCUCGAGCAAUACAUUAUGCAAGUCCUAGGCAUCAAGAAGGGUCCCAAGUUUGGCAUGCCUAUCCCGGAUCCAGAAAUCGUAAAGGUAGCGUAUGACGCACAAAGGCUGAAGAGCCAUCUCGAAGCUCUUGCCGUGCCACUGCUUCUCCAUGCGUGGGAGUAUGUCCCAGACUACUCGGUCAAUCCAUUUGGCUCUGUCUUGACAGUCUAUGAUGCCUAA